AUGUCGCAUACCGAGGACCCUCAGCCCAAAGAGCCCUUGGGCAAUGGCAAACAUGCUGCUCGACAAGAGCAGGCUAUGACUCUUUGGCAGGGCCUGCGUCUCUAUCCAAAGGCCGUUGCAUGGUCGGUUCUCCUGUCGUCGACCCUUAUCAUGGAGGGCUACGAUCUGGCGUUGCUGGGAUCGCUAUAUGCAUCACCGGCGUUUAACAAGAAAUACGGCGUUCAGUCCGCCAAUGGAUCCUGGACUGUGCCGGCACCCUGGCAAUCUGCUUUGUCAAAUGGAGCCCGCGCAGGCGAGGUCAUUGGCUUGAUCAUCAGUGGCCUGAUCUCAGAACGUCUUGGUUACCGGUGGACAAUGAUCUGUGCACUGGUCGCUAUCAAUGCCAUCAUCUUUCUCUUCUUCUUCGCCGUCAACGUCAAAAUGCUUCUGUCCGCUGAAAUCCUAGCCGGUAUUCCCUGGGGAAUCUUCCAGACAUUGCCGGCCGCGUACGCCUCGGAGGUCUGUCCUGUCGUUUUACGUCCCUACCUGACCACGUACAUCAAUAUGUGCUGGGUGUUUGGUCAAUUCAUCGCUGCAGGCGUCAACCGUGGCUCCGUCCAGCGUGGAGAUGAGUGGUCAUACCGUAUCCCCUUUGCGGUCCAAUGGGCCUGGCCUCUUCCUAUUCUCAUCGGAAUCCUCUUUGCCCCGGAAUCGCCCUGGUGGCAUGUCCGUCGUGGCGAUAUUGCCGGCGCUCGUCGUGCUUUGAAGCGAUUAACCUCGUCCAAAGACCGCGACUUCGACCUCGAUGGUACAAUCGCCAUGAUCCAGCAUACCAAUGAGCUCGAAAAAUCUAUAACCGCCGGUACUAGCUAUGUUGAUUGCUUCAAGGGGGUCAAUCUCCGCCGAACAGAGAUAGUCUGCGGCACCUGGAUCGUGCAAACGCUAAGUGGACAGAAUUUAAUGGGCUAUUUCGCCUAUUUCUGUGUACAAGCAGGUUUACCACGAAUCUACUCCUUCAACCUGUCCCUGGGCCAGUACGCACUGGGAGUCCUCGGCACGAUGGGUUCAUGGUUCCUCAUGUCCAAAAUGGGUCGUCGCAAAAUCCAUCUUUUUGGUCUAUCGACUCUUUUCAUCCUUCUCAUCAUAACGGGCAGUCUCUCCUUUGCGCCGUCGUCCAAUAAGUCUGCGAAAUGGGCCAUCGGUGUGAUGCUCAUGAUAUUCACGUUUGUCUACGAUAUCAGCGUCGGCCCUGUGACAUACUCCCUAGUUUCUGAGCUGUCGUCCACCCGGCUGAAGGCAAAGACAAUCAACCUUGCGCGAGCGGGUUAUAAUAUCAGCAAUAUUGUCGUCAAUGUCCUGACGAACUAUCAGCUGAAUCAGUCAGCAUGGAACUGGAGUGCGCGAUCCGCGUAUUUCUGGGCUGGGACAUGCCUUGUGUGUCUGAUUUGGGCGUUUUUCCGUGUCCCAGAGCCCAAGGGACGCACUUACGAAGAGCUGGAUCUGUUGUUUGAGAGGAGAAUCUCGGCUCGCAAGUUUCAUAAGACUGAAGUUGAUGCGUUUGAGGAAGUGGAGGUGCGUGAGGACAUUGUUAAGGAUGUUGAACAAGAUGCAGUUGUUCAUCUCAACGAGGCAUUUCUUGGCAACUCAAACAAACAGUGCAAACACCCCAUCUUUCCAUCCGAACAAUCACAAGAAUUCGAAAUCUCAACAACCGACAUACUCGGUGCAUCCAUCAACAUGAUGUCGCAUCAAAUAAUAGCCAGGCGCACGCCUCGCUAUUGCCUUACAUGUCUGUACCGUCCCAUAAUACCACCGCGACCGCGACAACCACGACAAUUCACAACCCAACCCCGACAAUCCUUCAUCUCCCCCUCCCCAUUCCGACCUCAACUACCAUUCCUCUCCCAAACACAAGGCCGACUACCACUCGCCCUCCAUCUGCGCCAACACUUUACCCGCUUAAUAUCCACAUCACGAACCUCGCGCUACAAACGCGGCGUAUACCGCGGUCUCAAAAUCUCCGUUACUCUCUACGCGAUUCUGUGGAUGUUACAUUUCAUUAAGACGGGGAUAUAUCAGGAAGAGAUUGAACAUAAAUGGCCCACACCACAGGAAUGGAGUUGGAGGAGUCGAUGGGCAUUACGGUCGGCCAUUGCGUUGCAACAUCCCGAGGAGAUUGGACAGGUUAAGACGCCGUGGCAGAAUGUCUAUGGAUUUUAUAAGCAAUUACUCGAACGAUUGGAAGAUCCUAAUAUCGAUGGACAGGGUAUAUUUGAGCAAGGCGAAGGUGGGAUAUUGGUCGAAGGAGUUGGAAAACUGGGAUACGAUAUAUCUAUGAAAAGCGAACCGUGGAGAAGAGGCUAUUUCCAAUGUUUGAUAAACUCAGCCAAAGCAGCGGAAUAUUUGGAUGGGUUUAUGACGGAUCGGAAACAACGCAUUACUGCUCCGGCGGAAUAUGUGCAUGGACCGUCGAACCCGGGUGCGAAGACGUUACCUGGUCGAACGGAAAUUGUGAUGCAUGAGGAGGAUUGUGAGCCUUCUGCGCCUGCUCCUGAGGUGUUUUAUAUGAAGAUUUUGACAACAAAUGGGUUUACGGCGCGACAGAAGAUCGAUGCCGCGUUGGCUUAUGCGGAUUGGUUGAAUUAUAAGGGGUUGACUGAUACGGCCAGGGAUAUGUAUACCUGGGCGAUGGAUAUUGCGUCAUCGGGAUUAGCGUAUGAUGCUUCGACUGUGGUGGAUACGAAGACUGGUAUUCUGAAGAAUAACGGGAGGAAUAUUGCAUCGGAUAAUAUCAUGCGAGUGUCGACUGCUUUGGGUGUUCAAAGCGUUAAAUCUGGCGAUCUCGCCACUGCAUUAUCAAUAUUCACAUCCGUCCUUAAAGCACGUCGAGACCUACCACAAGAACCAUCAACGUACCACACAAAACCCUAUCCUACACCAGCGUUGGAUGAAUACGUUACCAAAAUUAAAAACAUGUUUGUCCCAUCCGUCUAUCCGGAGCCACCAUCCGACGGAAACGAAGCACCAAUACGCGAUCCAUGCUCAGAGGCAGGAUUAAUGACAUACAUCGGCGAGAUUCUAUUCGCAUCAUCAUCAAAAGAAACCGGUCUAGCCUGGACGCGUGACGCAGUCGACGUCACAGAGUCUGUUUUACUCGACCUACCCAGCGCCAGCAACACGGGAAAAGGGGGGACAUAUAACGAAGAAAUACGAGAAACGCGUAAUCGAUGCUCUCAAUGUCUCAAAGUGGGGUUAUCAAAUUGGCGAACGAUGGUGGAUAAUCUCAUCAGUGAAGCUUCUAACGCUGAACAAGCUGCCGUUGCAAAUAUUGGCAAGGGCUGGUUUGGCAACUCGAAAAAGAAGGCUGAACAAAAGACAUUAGAGCGGAAACGGUGGCAGGCUGAGAAGAUGAUUAUUGAUGAUCGGGCGAAUGGGUUGUUGAGAUUGACGAAUGAGUAUACUUUGUACAAGCCAUCGGGAUUCGGGACGAGUUUGUUUUGAUUACUUGUACGUAUAUAAUAUUUAGCGUGGUGUUUUGGGUUGUACAAUAUAUAUUCAUCCAAUUCAUUGUC